ACAUAAGAAUUCCCAAAUCAUCGGUUACGACCGUUAUGAUCGUUACGACUGACAACCGAAGGCGUUACUUUUUGAUUUGCGGUCUGCUAAACGCACUCCAGUCAGUCCAGUCGAAUGUUUUUGUUUUCAAAUUUUCCGCGAGUUUCAAUGCUGCAGGAACGCUUAAAUUUACCGUUUUUGUGAAAUUUUGUCCGUGAUUUUGUGCAAAAAAUAUGUAUUUAAUCUGAAAACGUUAAUUUACAUUAUUGUGCUCCAUCAGUAAUGAGGCGCCACACGCAGUGCCCGAUCUCCAAGGAGAAAAAACACACUUCGCCGAAUCUUGCAUUCGUGGAACCGUUGCCGGUGACUUCCCGUGCCAGCAAACCUGAUGAACGAAUCGUGGCAAUCUUCACUGGGCUUACCGUGGAAGUUUGUGAUCCGGCCGGCAUAGAAAAACUGGCCCUCGGAGGAUGUUUUGGUCAGGGGACACUUUCGCGAUCGUUUCCCAAGGCGAUACGAGAGGGUGGGUAUGAAAAUAGUGGCGAAUUACCGGUGGUGAGGAGAAGAGUUUUGAAACGGCGGGAAGAUUGGCACCGGAAGUACGGAACGAAGGGUGACAGCAGUGCCGCGAGGGUACGUGUGUUGGAAGAGGAAGUGGAAAAGCAGCUGCAGAGUGGAGCCAUUUCGCAACGGCAGUUGAAAUAUGCCGUGGUGGAAACGAAAGUGAAUCCGUUUUCCGUUCCGGAACAUUUAAGUCUCUUGUUCGAAGAAUCGUUGUUUUUAGUGAGGGAAUUGAAAUGUUUGGAAGUGCGGACGUUUGAGGGUGUUGUUUUGUCUGAGGAAGACCUGUUGAAAAGGUUUUCAAAAUUAAAUAGUAAUUUCCUAGCACUGUAUGUGGCGUACCACUACAUGAAGUCGAAAAAUUGGAUCAUCAAAAGUGGACUCAAAUUCGGUGGUGAUUUCAUUCUUUACCAAAAGGGCCCGCAGUUCUUCCACGCAUCGUACAUCGUUCUGGUGCAACCCUACCGGAACGGGGAAAGGCUUCCACAAUGCAGCAGCCACUACUUGGACCAUUUCGAUUUCCAAGGCUUCAAUCGCAUUGCCGAAACCACUGCCAAAGAUUUGCUCAUCUUGGAAGUUCAUUUCCCGUGCGAUCUGGACCCAAGUGACUUUGUGGGUGGUUUGGAUCGGCUGAACGAGUUCAAAGUCAGCGAAAUGUUCCCGAAGCACCACAACUUAGCGGCCAAUCGGAUUAGUCAUCAGGCAAGCACCUCGAGCUGUAAGUAGUCCAACACUAGUAUCUACUUAUGUCUAUCACGAAGAUUUUUUAACAAACAAUAAGACACCCUCAAAAUCCCUA